AAAUUUGUAGUAUAUGAAUACCGCUAUUUGUUUUGACAUUUCGCCUUCGUUCGCCAAUUUCUGUUUCGGUGAUCCCGCUCUUUCUAUGAAUUAAUCUUUCUAAAAAAAUAUUUAAACCGUCGUCGAAAUGGCGGAAGCAGGGAAGAAGAGGAAUAGAAAAAGUAAACUAGUGCCGCGAGAUUUUACAAGAUACGACAAAGUCACGUACCAUUUUCCGGAAUCGCAAAAAAUUAAGUCUACAAUAAAAAAAUUGUUACCACGAAUCAAGGAUAAAAUCAAUGAUCCCUUCUUAGAUUCAUCGAUUGAUUCUUCUGCCAACUUCUCCGUGCAAAUAGCAGUGGAACCUUGCGAAGAAUUCGUCGAUGACAAUCAGCUGAUUUGGAAAGAGCUGGAAAUUACAGAAGUCACUAUAAGUGAUGCAGCUCUCCGUUGUGAGACAGAGAAGAUGAUGGCCAUUACAACAAGUAAUGUAGAUAAAGUUAUAGAAAUAGAAAUACGGAACUAUUGGGGCAAAUACGUACAAGCAGUGGAAGAAGUAUCGUUCUACCACGACAAACUGAUCCAAGAUGUACUCAAAAAAUUGGGAUACGGGAUUGUGGAAUCAAUUCUAGCAUACAAAUGUUACAUAUGCAAGGUUGGCUGGUGGCAUUUAGGCCCGUUCCGUGACCACAUUAGACAACACAAAGACAUUAAUGUUGAUAUUAAAAUGAAUAAUAAUUUGUACUAUAUCGUUGCAAACAAACAAGAUGUGAAAGCUGACAAUGACUAUGUAAAGAUUGACGGUAAAUGCCGGGUCUGCCUCAGGACCCAUGACGAGCACUAUACGCUCAAUGCAUUUAAUAAUUUUAGAUGUAAUAGAUGUGACAAUCACUUGUCUACGUGCAAUAAGUUAUUCGCACACGAAAAUCUCUACCUGAGGUACACAAGUGUUGAAAACUAUAAAGUGUCAUGCAUUUGUAAGAUAUGUGGCGUUGAAUGUUUGACAAGUGCACGUUUUAGUGAACAUAUCCAAUUAAGGCACACAGUCAGAUCAGAUAAGCCUAUCAUAUUGAACGACUGGAAAACAUGCUGUUACUGUCGAAGAAAGUAUAUAGACAUUUACAGCCACGCUUGUCCACAUAAAAAGGAUAGGUUGAAGUGUGUGUUUUGCGGUAGAACGUUCCAGACAAACCAACAAGUGGUUGGCCAUGUGAUCUACAAUUUGAAAAGAGACUGCAACUGUAAAGUCUGCGGGCAAUAUUUGAAAACCCAGUGCUUGGAACUGCAACAUAUGGUAACUCAUAGCAAGAACUAUGUUUUAGUUUGUAAAUGUAUUCGGUGCAAGAUACAUGUGCUUUGUGCUAAUAAAAAAGCAUUGGAGCAUCAUUCUACAAGGGUUCACAGAAGAUGCACUGUGUAUUAUGAACAAAUUGUAGUUCCAGUUACCUGCUUCAGUUCAAAGAGGACGGGAACGCUGAACUGUGAAAACACGCUUCAGAAAAUUGACAAGACUCCAGAUGAACCAACCACGCCAGCUGACCUUACAUCAUUAUUAGCAACAACACAGCACCUGAAACACGAAAACGAUAAUUCUGAGCAGGACGUUGCAAAAACAAAACAAAGAAUUAAAGAAGAAAAAUCUCAUGAAUAUAUAGAAGUUAAAAAAGAAAACAAUGUAGAAAAUACUUCUAUCAAGUUGGAACACGAAAUAUGUUUGACCGAAUUUGACAACAGCUCUGAACAAAAUUUGGAACCAAAAUGUACAACUUCAAUGACCGUUGAAGAAGAUUUGGCACCAGAACCUACACGUUUAAUGAACAAAGUCAUCAUCCCAGUAAAAGUUUAUUCUGGAAAGAGUAUGAAUGAUGCUGAUAUACGCGAUAGACAAAAAACAGAACUAAAAAUAGAAGAAGAAAUAGAUUAUGAUGAAGAAAAUCCUUCUAUCGGGGCGGAACACGAAAUAUGUUUGACCGAAUUUGACAACAGCUCUGAACAAGAUUUGGAACCAAAAUAUACAACUUCAAUGACCGUCGAAGAAGAUUUGGCACCAGAACCUACACGUUUAAUGAACAAAGUCAUCAUCCCAGUAAAAGUUUAUUCUGGAAAGCGGAUAAAUGAUGAUGAUUUACACGAUAGACAAAAAACAGAACUAACAAUAGAAGAAGAAAUAGGUUAUGAUGUAGAAAAUAGAAGUAUCGAGGCGGAAUUUGACAACGACAGCUCUGAACAAGAUUUGGAACCAAAAUGUGACACUCCACUAACGAUUAAUUCUAAAAAGCGGGAAAAUGAUGACAGAAGUAAUACUAGAAAACCCAAUAAACGGACAUGCAAUAUUAGUGCCUUAGAAACUAAAUGGACAAAUUCUGACGUUUUGCAAAGUUCCUUAACAGACACAGCGGAAGUGUUAGUGUACAACAUUGCAGAUGAUGGAAAUGUACAAUGGGAAUACGUUAUCGACAAUGUAAACGAUGAAGACGCAAUCAGUUUGAAACCAGAAAUAACGGAUGAAUUUAACGAUGAUAGUUAUUUAAAUGAUGAUCGUAAUGAUGGAAUAUAUGACGUACAAGGCGAAACUGUAAUCAAGAGUAAGAGUGAUUUUUCACAAGACAAAGUCAGUCUGAAACAAAUUGUUAACAAUAGUUUAGAUGAAGGAACCGCGUUGCAUUACCAAGCUUACGAAGAAAAAACAGAUGACAGAGAUAAUGAUGAAGAUAGUGAUAUAAAAGCAGACCAUGAAGCGUGUAUGGCUGAAUUGACAAAAGUUUAUAAACAAUUUCAAGCAUCAAAAAGCACUGGCAGAACUACAAAAUCCAGUCUUUGUUCCAAAGAAUUGAUGAUUAAACAUGAACCGUUAGAUUUAAGUAGCGAUGAUGUUGCUAAUAAAGUGAAUACUCUUAAUUUCUCGAUUGAAACUUCAAGACACAAUUCUGCACCUGAAGAAGACGAUCUAAAACCAAAAAACGAAAGCCCUUUUACAGCACUCGCGACAACCCAUAGCGAAUUUUACAGAAUAAGCGUUCACGAAGAAUUCUUGUGCAAGGAAUCUCUUUAUUUUAAUGAAGAUGGUGUAAUGAAUGACAUCAGUAACAAAGGGGGAUGCAGUUAAUUCUGAAAUUGAAACCAAUCGUAUCCGUCACUUCCUUAACGGAGAUAUCGUUAACGAAAAAGCAAUUAAAGAACCAAUCUAAUUAAGUAUAGAAUGAAUUUGGUGCCAUAAAAUGAAUUGUUUAUUCUCUGCCAUAAACCCUCUGUGAUUUGAGGAAUGACUGUCUUGAAAUGGGGUUAAUAGUGAUUUGAUAAAGUCUUGGUAUAAGAAAACCAUGGAUAAACCCUGACACCAGGGUUGAUGAGGUUGGUAUUCACCUCACAACCCACACAACAAGAAGACCAUGGAUAAAACUAUUUUUUUUUUGUUGUAUGUUAUCAUUCCAAUAAUAAUCGUCUAUUUUCUAUGGAAAUAUAAUGAAAUUGGUAAUAU